AUGGGGAUCAAGUUCUCCACGCUUUGUCCGCUUGUCGAUUUCUAUGACUCAGAGGACUUUGACAGUAUUUACGAGGUGGAUGAGAACAACUGCAUCGGCACUGGGAAGUUCGCGGUGGUUCACUUGUGCAACCGCAAAAACCAGCCCGAGAAGAAGUACGCAUUAAAGGUCAUAAAUACACGCGUUGGCGAUAUGGCCAGCUUGAACCGAAUUCAUGAGGAGAUCAACAUUCUCCAAGUUCUUGGAAAUCAUCCAGGCCUUGUGUCCCUCAUUGACGUCGAUGAGUCGCUCCCAGGAGCCAUCCGUUUAGUCCUCGAGCUGUGUGAAGGUGGAGAGUUGUAUGACCGCAUACAGCAGAAGCAGUACUACCCAGAACAGGAGGCCAAAGCCGCCGUUCGAUGUUUGCUUGAAGCAGUCGCAUACAUUCACAGCCACGGCAUCAUGCACAGGGAUCUCAAACCUGAAAACAUUCUGCUGGCCAGUCGUGUCAGCAAUACAGAGCUGAAGAUCUCGGACUUUGGGCUGGCAAAAAUGUCCAAGGACUACCCUCGCCGCCUUCCGCGGUCGCACUCUAUCUGUGGUUCAGACUUCUACCUGGCCCCAGAAGUGAUCAAGCAGGAGGAGUAUGGGCGAGAAAUUGACAUUUGGGCUCUUGGCGUCAUUACCUAUGUCUUGCUCAGUGGGUCCCUGCCCUUCUUCCACAACGUCCUGCACAAGCUGUACCGCCAAAUUGUGGAGCGGGACUUGAGCUUCCCGGAUCAGGCAUGGAAGAAUGUGUCCAAGGGCGCGCUGGAUUUCAUCUUGCGGCUGCUGCAGGUUCGGCCAGGGGAUCGCCUCACGGCUGACCAGGCACUGAGCCACCCUUGGCUUCGAAACGGCUCCAGUGCGGCCAGCUUCAACAGCUUCACUACCGCCAACAGCCAGGGCAUGGCACCGACCGCAAACUACUACAACACUUAUGGUGGCUACGGCGGAAUGCCUCGCCCUGUGCUGCACCCAUUGGAGCAUGCAAGAAAGGCUGGAUUGCCUUCCUGA